UUGAUAUUCGUUGCCGUUGGUUCGCUGUAUUUAUCCAGUUUUCAGGCGGAUCUCUUGAAAACGUUAGUGCGAGCUGGCAAGAUGUUAUUGGAUCACGGAGCUGUAAUUGAAAGCGUUGAAUCACUGGGAUUUCGCGAUUUGCCAUACAAAAGGAUUACAAAACAGACUCGCGAACCUGUUUAUUCAUCUAACUUCUUUCUCUUCCGAACCCAUAUGUCCGUCGAGGCAAGAAAGACCACAAAAUCGAUCUUCACGCACGAUCUAGACAUGGUCCAUGUUGCGGUUGUUCCAGUAACUACACCAGCUCCUGAAAAAUGUAAUCUCGAAGAAAUUCUGAAGCCGCCUGCAAAGCGUCAGUCAGUUAAAGACCUUCGUGAAGGCCAAAAAAUGGGUCACUUUACUCGGCAGUUGAUCUACAAGCGGACAGAAAGGGAAUGGAGAAGCAUUCCAAAAAGCUAUCCCAUUGCUCCUCAGCGACCGUAA